AUGGCUGAUGUAUUAGGUUUAUUGGGGAAAGAGCAACGGUACACCCACCCUUUCAAAUGUAUGCAUCUCAAAACAUUACAGAACGUACGUGAUAUGGAUCGAACUGUUGAAAUGGACAAGGAAAGUGUAAAGAUCUGGGAUGUUAGGAAUGCAAGUCUGCGGAGUUUCGCAUGUGACAGCUUUUCAAGCUUACAGCGAAUUAUUUCCGAAAAUACUGGAAUACCACCAUUGCAACAGUUACUCCUUCUUCAAAAUAUGAAACUUGGAAACAACAAUUGGCGUCUGUAUUCCUCCGCCACUUGGUAUUUGUUUUCCGUGAACGAACCCUCACGUAGAGAAAUAGAAGACACACCUUUAACCUCUGCCAUUACCUGUAACCCAGAUGGCCUUGGUGCAUAUAUGGAUAUGCAAAAGGAACUGACAAAUGCAAGGUUCAUGCAGAAGCAUCUAGUUGAAGGAACGGGCACUUUAAGAUGUUUUGCUGACGAUGAAAGUAAAAUAGUCAAAACGAAAAUUCAAGAUACACAACGACUAUUCCUCGAAUGCCAGAAAGGUGUUGACGGUCUACUGCCAUUGUUAGAAUUUGCUUGGAAGAAUUGGGGACUAGAAGACUGUGGGUACCUUCGUGAAUUGCAGGAAGUGCAGCAAAAAUAUUCGUACUUUUUAAAGCAGUGUGAACAGCAUGAUGUGGAACUUACCAAAUGCAGGGGACAUCCAAAGGAGGAUUUAAACUGUAAAGAAGCAUUUAAUUUCUUCGAGAAGCACCGGCUAGAGGCUGAAAUGAACAUGGCACGUUUUGAGAGAUUGAUGGUCCUUUCAGGAGGAAAAGCUGCCAUGGUGACGAAAAGGGCUUGGAAAAUACUGGUUCGUACCCUGGAGAAAUUAUACAACGAUCUGGAGGAUAUUUACUCACGAUCGUCAAACGCAAACAGUUUUGAAAUCCAGAAGCUCAAUGUCAUUUGGAAAAUCAGGAAAAACGUUGAUACGUAUUCUGAACAUCACUCGCAACUAACCGAAACUGUUUCUAAGUGGCAAGCCGAUCUGGAACGUCUGAAGGGAAGAUGGCUUAAUGGCUUUGAAGACAUAUCUAAAUAGGAGACCUUAUUGAAAACCAAGUUGGAAUACACAAAACAAUUAACCGUUAUCGUAA